GAAUGGUAUAAAUAUUUCCCGCACUGUCAGACCGUGGACAUUUGGCUCAGCUGCGUGAACAAUACUCCAAACAACGAACCUUCGAACUGAGACACUGAACCUGUAACUCUCAGCCGCCUUAGUCCUGCUCGCCUCGCCACUGCCGCGUGGUUACGUCAAGACAGCGGGCGGCCGCGUACUAGUUUCCUUAGUACUUGUGCGUACGUGUCAAUACCGUGUGCUGUAAACUGCUGAACGAACUGAGAUACUCAUUCAGUUUUGGUCGCCUCUCCAUUAUCUCGUGGUGACGUAAAGGUGACGGCCCGUGUGUUAGUUUUCCCGGUAAUUGUGCCUCCGUAACAUUACUGUGUGCAGUGGUCGUGAGAACUGCGAGGCGGCGGUGCAGACUGUGCCGUGGAGAGCCGCGGGGUGUUGGAAUCGCCUCUCAGUCACCUUGAAGGCGUCAUAUUCCCUCCCUGCUCUUCCCCGUGUCUUCCUGUCGAUGUUGGCCAGACAUUUGUGGGCAAACUGCUGGCAAAGACUGCUGAGGGACACUUUGAGGUUAUCCAGAGGCUGUGUGUACCAGAUGAGGCCGUGUCAAUGCUCACCUUUGAGAACGUCAUAUUUGAGGCGCCAGACGUGAGACAGCAACUCAUAGCCAAGGUUGCUGUCGUCUCCGCUAGCUGGACUGGUGGUGUAUCCCUCACAUCUGGUCAUCAAGGAGUACCCCAUGGUCAAGUCCUUGCACACCGAUCUGUUCUGAUGGAAGCAGUUGGAGGGUGUGGAGGAUGUGCACAAGGAUGGCCAAGGAAAUCCUUCUCAAAUACCCAGAGAUCCUCCAUGCCGCCCACCCCUUCUUCCUCUCCCUCAAGUUUGUGGGUGCUGGUGGCUCUCUCCUGGAUGGAGCAGUUUUUGUGGAUCUAUUUACCCAAGAACAACUUGUCAACAAUUCCUGUAGAUGUCGUCAUCAGUGAGGUCAGUGUUAGAUACCAACUUGCUGCUCAGGUGUCUGUUGUACCUGCUGGCUGGCAUCUCCACUUUGUCUCUCCUGGUAACCAAGUCUGUAUGUGCUUGGUGGUGUAUCCUGAAAAUUUGAAGAUCCAGGAGAACUCUGUCACCAAGAACCUGCAAAUGAAUGUCAUUGGGUGGCUGAUGGCAGCUCCUCAAGUGAACCCAGAGAUCACUGGGCUAAUAAAGUACAGUAUGAUGGGUGCCUUGGAGAAGCUGUGCCUUGAGUUGAAGGCUGCAGUCACCUUCAGAAAAGAGCAAAGCUGCAACAAGUCAUCCAAGUACUUUGUCAAGAAGGUUUAUGUUGAAGGCAACCUCCUGCACUGCUCUCAGGAGAACAGUGGGACUCAUGGAUGCCUCCAAGACCCACAGAGGAUUGGAAGGCAUAAAUUCAAUCUUGGAUAACUAUUGACAUUUAAAACUGAAGUGAUAGAAAGAAGGAAGAGGAGAAGACAGAUGAUAAUAAGGAGGGAAGAAAGAGAAGGAGAGAGAAGACAACAAAGAAGGAAGAGGACAUGAGAGAAGAAUGAGGAUAAUAGAAGAGGAAGAAAUAAAAGAAGAAAUGAGAGAAAGAUAGAUAAAAGAAAAUUAAAUUCUCCCCCCUGCCCCCCUUUCUCUCUCUCUCUCUCUCUCUCUCUCUCUCUCUCUCUCUCUCUCUCUCUCUCUCUCUCUCUCUCUCUCUCUCUCUCCAUGCCUAGGAGAGGAACCUGAUCAGUCCCUGUGAGAAAUUUUGCAACAUUUUCUGUUUAAGCAAGAGUUCAUGAAUAUUUCCCAAAAAGUGCAGGUGACCCCUGACCUGACAUACCAGCAUGCACAUCACUGUUGUGUUGCCAGGUUUUGCUGGACGCAUCAUUCCUGAUUCCUGUCAGUUCAUUUUGGCCUAAAACCAUCCUUUGCUUCCUGUAUACAUUUGUGAAAUUGUUGCAAAGGAGGGAGAGUUUUUGUUGCAACAUGAAUUCCAAAUCAGAUUCAGUACUUUUAUGAAAUCUUUCAAGAUGACAAAACCCUGUUAUUAAACUCCAUCACCAGAAACACACCACACACACACACACACACACACACACACACACCAGUUGCAAUGCUUACUUCAGUGCACACUCUUCACUCCUUCAGAGGUGAGUGAAUGAGUGAGCAGUGAAUAAAUCUGUUAACAAGAACACUAUUUUGGUGCAAAGAAUCAGAUGCUGCCAGUAUUUUUGCUGCCAUUCGCCACUCCACAUCUAGCAGAAGGUUUGUGGUCUGCCUUAUCCAUGCAGUCUUCCUGGCGCUUACAAAUCAGGGUCACUAACUGAAGAGAGCAUCAGAGUACUUGGAAGGAAACCACUGGGAAGACCUUGAGAUGGUGUGUGGAGGAAGGCAUGAUAACACUUAACAAUAAGGAAGAAAUUGUCUACAGCUGCAAGUGGGAGAUACUCAUGGUCUGUCCAACCCCAGAAGGGAAACUAUGGACAAAUAACGAUGUAAUGAAAGGCACACCUGAAUGGACUGCUGGCCAGCUGAUCUCUUGAAUGCUCCUCUUCCUCCUCUUGGGCCUCACUCCCUGCACGGUGGCACUGACAUUGUGUGUCUCCCAGUCGGUCUGUGGAAUCUGAAGGAGAAACAGUGUAAUAAGAGUAGUGAGGAAACUGACAAUGCUUAGAAGAAGAGGCAGUUUCAUUACACAAUGGCCUGGGACUUGAUAGUGUGCAGCAUGAGUCCUCUAACACAGAGAAAAGAAAGAAUUGCAUUCCACAAUUCAAUGGGACACACUCACAUCAAAGAGCCUUCCAUCACACACACACACACACACACACACACACACAUAAGGAGUCCCAUUCCAUACUUCACUGCACUACAGGACACACAUCAAGGUGGUGAAGGUCUCCUCUCUCUCUCUCUCACACACACACACACACACACACACAUCAGUAGGAGGAGGCAGUAGACACCUGCCGAAACGAUAAUUACUCCCAGUGAGGUCUAAAGCACUGUUCAGGGGGUGCUGUGAACUUAUCAUUAAACCCAGCUGUGACCUCACUGAACGUUUCCCUUUGUGUCUCACAACACAAGGGGGUAGUCACAGCCUGCCCUCUAAAGACAACUCUCUUCCUCCACACAAAACUACAAGCACCUAAUAACACACACACCCUUCACUCCAAAAAUUUUAAAAUCAUGGCGACUCCUACACCAGCCUCGGAGUCCCCAUCUGGGGAGGGGACCAUAAAUGUCCCCAGGUCGGACUGCCUUUCCGUCGACGACCCUAAGUGUCUUGACACCCCCCUCAACUUUUUCUUCAUUAACUUCUGCAACAUUCGCGGUCUAAGAUCUAAUUUUCAAUCUGUAGAACACCAC